UAAUCUAGUUAUAGAGGAGGGUUGGAAGUAUUAGUUUUGGUGGUUUGUCUAUAGUCAAAUUGAAAUGAAGUUGAUAAUUCUAAUUAGUACGGCUUGGUUAAUUAGCUCAAUCUCUGCCGUUGAUGCUAAGUCGUGUACUGUCUUAGAGGAUCUCUGCAAUACGACGUGCAAGUAUCAAAUCUACAUCACUGACGCGUCACUUCCGGUUCUACCAUCAUUUGACCUUUGCCCUUUAAAUGUGUCAGUUAUGAGGUUUGAGAACAUGGACAUUGCUGUCGUUGAGGACAGCAGUUUCCCAGCAGGUCUGUCUCUAAUAAAUAUCGUCACCUCCACCAUCAGAAACAUCUCUGACGGAGCCCUCAGCUUGACCGCUCCGACACUGGAGUCCAUCCAUCUCGAUAAUUCACAAGUUCCCAAUUUUUUCAACACCAUGAAAGAUCUCCCGCGGCUUGAAGAAAUUCUUUUGCGCGACGUCGCAAUAGCUCAGUGGGAAUUCCCGGAAAAUUCAACUUUCGCUUCAACGAUCAAGCGUUUAAAUUUACAAAACAACAGCAUCACAUCCUGGCCAGUCUGGGUUAACGAGCUUAAAACUCUGGAAAAACUCUCCAUAAUCCAAAACAAAAUGAACACCGUCACGGAAAACUCGUUGAGCAAUUUAAAAAACGUUCUCAUCGAUCUUACGGUCAUUGCCGCGAAUAUAUCAGCAAUCCCACGUGACUGGUCAAACCUAACAGCGCUACAGAGGUUAACAAUGGUGGAGAACCAACUGACCCAGGCUAGGGACGUGCCCUCACAGCUGAUAUACCUCAACCUGGAGAACAACGCCCUCACUGAGCUCAACGAGUCCACCUUCCCAGCCAUGCCGGCCAUCUUUGAACUCGAGCUGUCCAGCAACCCACUGACCACCAUCUCCGCCCACGCCUUUGACAACAUGCCGUCCCUAGGGUACCUGUCCUUCAGGUACACCCUGCUCACCCGCGUCCCUCUUGCCGUCGCCUCGCUGACCAAGCUCCGUGGCCUUGACUUCCAGUACGACUUACAGCUCGUCUGCACGUGCGAGGAAUCGCCGCUCGCUGAUUGGUUCAGCCGGAACCCGCAGCUCACCAUUUGGGGCACUUGCGGUGACGUCACUGUGAAAGUAUUUUUUACAGAUCUGGCCAAGUUGUGCCCAGCUGCGCCGUAAACCUCACACAUCCACCGUAAACCUCACACAUCCACCGUAAACCUCACACAUCCACCGUAAACCUCACACAUCCACCGUAAACCUCACACAUCCACCGUAAACCUCACACAUCCACCGUAAACCUCACACAUCCACCGUAAACCUCACACAUCCACCGUAAACCUCACACAUCCACCGUAAACAUCACACAUCCACCGUAAACAUCACACAUCCA